UGAAGAGGGUCCUUGGUAUGGAAAGCAUUGUCCCACUUGCACCAACUCACCUACUCUCCUUCCUGUAAUGGAGCGGGUGGGAGAUCGGAGAGACAGCGCCGCUCAGAGUGCAGUUAUGUCGGGCUUGUUGUUGCUCAAUGCAAAGAUGAGUUCAGUUUAAACCGUUAAACACGAGAACAAAAAAUGGAGCAAAGCAGCGACCACAAAUUUACGAGGAUAACCCCACGAAGAGAUUGGCAAUAAACUGCUACAGUGUUCAGAAAUUCGCAAUUGCAAGGUCAAGUCAGCUUGUUUCCCGCGAUCGGUCUCACUAUUUUACUGUCAUUGCAAUUUGGAAAUUUUAAGGGUUCUGAUUGCACUUCUCGCUGACCUCAAACAAAUCAAAGAAGACAAUCAAAAUGCUUUUCGAUGGCGCAACCGGCAAUGGGCACGGUCAGGGCCAGAAUACCCUGAAUCCAUUGGGGCCAGGCCAGGAGGAGCCCGCCCUAUGCGAGCAGUACUAUCUGCUGGGCGAUGGUUCCAUCAUUCUGCGCAACCAUUCCAUCGACUUGUCGAAUCCGCCCCUGAAAUCGCGCUGCUGCCAGCUCCCAACACUCAUCCACGACAUAUGCGUCAACUGCGUGAUGGAUCUCUGCGAGGAGUGUGGCUACUCCUGCGGCGAGUGCGCCAAGUUUAUUUGCCGCAACUGCGUGACUUUAUUUGGUAAUCGAAUUGAAGAAGAGGAGGCUCCGCUGUGCGAGCACUGCCAGAUGUUCCUCAGCUAGGGCAUCAAACAAUCAAGCAAAUGUCAAAUGUAUUACGUUUUAAAGAAUAUAGAGCUAUAUAGUAUUUAACAUU